AUGUCUCCUUCUUACGCAAAAGCUGAAACCCAUUUAAAAAACAUUAAUCCAACUUGGUCCAAAAUUGUCGACACCGUAGGUCACUGCUCCUUUGAACCCCAUCCUGAACGCCAACCCUACGAAGGACUCAUUCGUGCAAUCACUUCACAAAAGCUUUCUGCUGCUGCUACAGAUGCUAUUAUUCACAGAUUAUGUGCGCUUUAUCACAAACAUCAGUUUCCAACUCCCAAACAAAUUGUCGACACCGACGUUGAAACAUUGCACUCCUGCGGUUUCUCUAAAUUAAAGGCUGACGCAAUUCACAAUAUCGCUAAUGCUGCACUCAAUAACCAACUUCCUUCCAAUGACGAAAUCUGCAAAAUGUCCAACGAAGACCUUUUAAAAGCUCUUAGCACACAUAAAAGUGUUAAGCGUUGGACAAUUGAAAUGUACAUGAUUUUUACUCUCGGUCGCCUCAACAUUAUGCCAGCCGAUGAUGCUACUCUUCGCUCUAGUAUUACACGCAUUUUUCAUCCUGAUAAAAAUCUAUCUAUUGAAGAACUUGAAACUCUGACUUCCCCUUGCGCUCCCUACCAGACUAUUGCUGCUUGGUACCUCUGGCACUACCCAAAACACUAA